AGCGGGUUGAAAUGGCGAAAGUUGGGCGGUGUGGAGAUGUCAUACAAACAACGGCUCCAAGGAUUUGAAAAAGAUAUAUACACAAACCGAGCCGAAGUCGUGUUUUGUUAGGGAAGCUGAAUGCUCGAUUAAGCUUGUGGAUUGAGGAGUUGCGAGGGAUAUAGUGGGGGUCAUGCUGACCUCUUCCCAAGAGCGUGUCCCUCGCAGUGUCACACCAAUGGAGGAAGAUGUCCUUUGUGCUGUUCAUCAUGAUGAACCACGACCCCAAACCGUCCACCGUUCUUCAGUUUUGAACAGCUGCGAUGAAGUCAGAAGGUCAUCUUCACGCAGAAGAAGUGGGCGGCUUCUCAAGGGCAAAGGCCAGACUGAGGAGAGAAUCAAACCGGAGAACAGUGUCAGAACACCUGAACUGCAGCAGAAGAACACCAGCCUCAUUAUGAAGGAGAGGGGCAGCUGGAAGAACCAUGAAGACAACGAAGAGAUUAUGGACAUGUGGCCUGCAGAUAAGACUGUGAGGAGCUGUAAGCGGAAGCUGGAGUUGCCCUCUAUAACCUCAGAGUCACACGUCUUGAAAAAUUCAUCCACUGUUCAGGAACACAGCCGUAGCUCCCUGGACAUGGACCCAAAAUGCCCAGAGAGCCCUCCACCAGCAAAGAGAUGGGUGAUUGGGCCCCUUCUUCAGUCGUUCAAGUCUAAGAUGGCAAGUUUCACAGAGAUCGUCAUGAGUCCUGUCCGGCUCUUCAAACCCACCGACUCGUCACUUUCAAACUCAUUAACUAGCCACUGUGAACAGCUGACUGGUUCCAAUAAAGAAAGUUCUUCAAUAAGUAAAGAGCAACAGCCUGAUGUAGAAAGAGAUGUCACGAAAGACUUGUUCUCUAAAGAAGAGACUGUAUGUCCACCUUCGAAAAUAUCCAUAGUUGUAGAGAGACUGAAUUUCAACACAAACUUAAGUAAUGAAAGUGAUUCAGACGAGAAUAAAGCUUUGGUUUCGCCAAGUACGUCAGACAUUCAGAGAAAUGGUGUCCAGUGUUUGUUGCAGUCCAUCCAAGAGGGACAUGGUUCUUUGAAUUCAAGUGCCAGAGAUUUGUCCUGUCAUGUUGAGCAGCCAAUGGGGCCUUCAAAUGAAUAUCAAAACAAAGUCUACAAUGCUACCUCAGUUUCUGAACAGAGUGGUUCUAAGUCAUCUCAGGAAAAGUCUAGAUUUUCAGAUCCAAGGCUUUUAACAGAUACACCUGAUACCAUUGACUUAAAGCUGGCACAUGUUGAAGUUCCUUGUCCAAAUACCUCGUGUUCGCUGUCUUUGACUAAAAACACAAAUAGAAAAGGCCUGAUGGACAGUGAGGAGUCCAUUUUGAGGAUGCCUAUCAGGACAAGCCCUAGAAAAAUGUCCAAACUGCCACUGGAUUCUAAUAGAUUGACACCUUUGAGAUCAGCUAAGAAAGUGUCUGUGACUUUAUCUGAGCAAAAUAUUUUAGUUGGUGCAACAAAAGUCUCAGAAUAUACACAUAACAAUAAGGCACGCAUUCAGCCUUUCUCCAAAGAUGAUGGAGUUCCUCCUCUGGGCUGUGAAAGAAAAAACAGGAAAACAGUACCUAAGAUAGAACUGGUGAGAUGCCUGGAGAAAGACAAAUUGGUCAAGAAAGUGAAAAGUUGUUCAGGGAGGACCAAAAUAGAAAACAAAGCGAACUUUGAACAAGAAUUCCCUGCUUCUAUACUAGCAAGAGUUCCUGUGAAUGAGACGUCCAUUCAGAUUGGUAAACGGAGGAAGGUCCAAGUCUCGGGUAACUUGACCCUUAGCAGUCGUGGUGGUGUUGAGAUGAUGAGUUUCGCCUCGGAGAUGUCAGGCUCUUGUGAAUCCCCAGAGAGAGACAAAAUAGGUCAGGAGAGAGUGUCUAGAAGUAGAAGUAGGAGGGAUGGAAAAUGUAGAACACCAGCCACCUUAGGGAUUGAGAAUGAUACUAUUGGCAGCUUGUCUUCCUCAGAUGCUUCAAAAAGUGCCUUGGUGGACAGCUGUUUGCAGGGUAACGGCACAAGUGGAAUGGGUGCGAGUGACUGUAAUGACUCCAACCCGGUGGAAGCUCGUCCAUCACUCAGAUCCAGAGGGAUGGUUACUGUUGGUGGUUCAGUCAAGUCUGUUAAAUCUUGGAAUGCAAGACAGAGAAAAACUGCAUGCCACUUUGAGUCUGGAGUGUCUCUAGGCUCAUCAACUGAACAGCCUGGAGAACCUUGGGCCAAAAAUGGGCACAGAGAUCUUGAGGAAGCAAGCAAUGCCACUGAUCAAGAACAAGCAAAAUUUGCGCAAAAGAACAAUGUUUGUCAGGCUAAGAAUAAAUUGGAUGCCUCAGCAGUUGCUUCAGUUCUGUCAUCUUCUAAAAAGCCUCUAGUUCAUGUCAAGCGAUUGGAAAGUAGAGAAGUUAAAGAUAUUGAUGCAGUUGAAGAGCCGAGGGUAUCAAUGUCUCUCACUCUGCAGGUUGGCACCAAAACAGAUGAACAAAAAGGCAGUGUAACACUGUCGCCUGUUCAGACCGGAUCUACGUCUCAGUGGCAGGCAGGAAGACCCAUUGAAAACUGCAGAACAACAAGAGGAAUGGGGAAAUGGGGCACCCCUGCAAAGGAGAUUAACACGUCCAAAACGGCACUGGUACACUUUAAAGAUCAAAGCUUCAUUGACAAGGAGCUUGGACAGUUGGGCAAAGCAAAAGAGAAAAAGAAAAGCAAAGUAGGCAGACCGAGAAGAAAGUGCAUCUCCUUGUUAAGGAAGAAAGAUGCUCGAGACGAUGAAGAGCAGACAAGAAAUCAAACGGAAGAGGCCAUCCCAGUUGUCUCAUCGUCAGGUAGCGGUUCCAGCCGCCUCCUGCGAAGCUUUUCCUGUCCCGACAUCCCUUCCCUCCUACAUGGUGACAAUGUGCCUUUGGCUCCCUUGCAUGACCAGAUUCCUCCUUCUCCACCCAAAAAGUUCUGCCCUGCACCACCAGAUGCUCAUCAUCCUCACUCUCCAUCCAAACGCGCCCGCAGGCACACGGUGUGUAGCGUGGAAAUAGAACGGGAAAUUGCACCCCGGUGCCUCCGCAAGGAAGUGCACCCCACUGGUUGGAGCAGUGCUUCCAACCAUGUGUACCCACAUUCACACUCCAGCUCCCUCACAGCCCUCGCUUCCUGUUUUCUGUCCAGUCCAUUAGCUUUCUUGUCCAAGAAAUCGAGCCAAGGACGUAGUGAUGAUGAUGUUGACCUUGCCUCCACUUCUCCACGUAGUUUCGUCAAGUCCCCAUCACCCUCUUUCCUGAAAUCCCCCACCUCCCCAACCCUCACAGCUAAUCCUGCUUUCUUUGCCAGUGUCCCUCCCACACCUGAGCAAUCCUCUGCCUCUGUAUCAUCUCCUUGCAGUGUAUUUGAGCCUGUUCCAGUGGAGGCUGAUGUGGUCCAACGAGAACGUGAGGAAGAUUCUCAGUCCAGCUUCAGUCUUAAGCUUUCAUCGAGAUCCAUUUCGGAGGAGAGAGCUUUGUCAGACUCUGAGAUAAAGACUGAUGACAAGCGAGAAGAGAGAAGAAAAGUAUCCUCUAUCCGCAUCCGGAAAACUCUACCCAAGCCUCAGUACAACCUCACGCCGAUGGGCCUUCCUAAAGCCAUCAGGAUAAAGAAAAAGGUGUUCAGCGUGGAAGAAAUCUACACAAACAAGAACUUCAGCAAACCCCCUGAGGGGCGUUUUGAGACCAUAUUCGAGGUUCCUCAGAGUCGACAAGACAGCUCCCAGUCCCUGUUUGGCCAGAAACGGAUGAAGCGCUUUAUUGAAUUCCCUGAACUGGGCGUGCCCAGGAAGCCAAGGAAGCCGAGGAAGCCUUUGGUUGGUGGAGCUGGGGUGGGCGGAGCUCAGAGGAAAGCAGCAGGGAAUUCUGGGAUCGGCAGAACGCGCAGAGGUGUCUGGGCCUCCUCCAGAGACGAAGAUGCACUGAAUCUGCAGGACCUGGAUUCGCUCUUGUGCUCAAAGCUGAAUGAGCUGGACUCCUGGAUGGCGCUGGAGCAGCUGGCCUACUGAAAACCUUUUUGUAGUUUUUUUUUUUUUUAUUUUUUUUAUUUUUGUGCACCCUUCUUUCUUGUUUUGUAGUUUUUUUGAUGUACAACCACUCGAAUAUUAAGCACAUCCAAGUAACAUUAAAAAUCUGCAGAAAUGUACAUUUUUGUACUUUAUGUAUACAUAUGUUGUAUGUUUGUAUAUUUGUAUAGGUCGGGUCUAGUAAUGCCAUUAUCUGUGUUUGAAGUGUUUUCGUGCUUAUUUGUUGCGUGUUUUGUGUUUAUAUCGUCGCUGUUAAAGAAAACUUUAACUCCUUUCUUUUGGUUUUGUUUUUUACUCCUAAGCUGCCCUUUUAUAUCCUGUGAGUAUAGACCAGCAGCACUCAUUAAAAUGAAGAACAUUUUUCCCCUUCAUCCUGUAGAAUAUUCAUAUUGGAGGCAUGUGUUUUUCCUAUGGCAGUGACGGUCAUAUGUCUCGCUGUUGUCAGAGCAAAACUUUUUUUUGUUGUUUUUAAAAAUUUUAAAAUAUCUGUUGUCCUUUCUAUUGUGUGUCAUUUUCAUGAUGAAUGGACCAAAAGAACCAGCCUAAAAUGACUCGGAAAGCCAUUUGAUUCCGUUGACUUGCAUUAAAAGUGAACUGUUUUUUCCGUCUCCUAUAAAGUUACCAUUUUGGAGAUACAAGGUUUUGUUUUUUUUUUUUUGUGGUGUUUUUUUUUUUUUUUGUUUUUUUUUUUCUUUUCUGACAACAGCGACAUGUAAAAGUUGAGGCACCCCUGAUCACAUUACAUGUUCUGAAUAUAAGUGAACACAUCCCCUAUGCAGAACAGUACAUUUUAAUACACUGUUACUGUUUAUUUGCUGAAUUUUACAUUGAGGGGAUAAAAUGUUAAAUAUGGCGGAACGUUAAGCCACGUUUUAUAUUCUGUCACCCCCCCACCAAAUGUUAAAAAUAUAAGAUGACAAAUAAAUUGGAGCUGUGCACUGAAAUUUGUCAUAUUUGUUUGGUCCCUACAGAGUAAGUUUUAUUUUGAAUUUUGAAAAUCACUUAUUUGAUCAGCGGUGCCUAAACUUGUGCGCACACACACACACAUAUACAUACAUAUAUAUAUACACACACAUACACAUAUGUCCCAUCACUGUCAGAGGAAAACCUCAUCAUUUCAUCUUUUUUUUUUAAAUCUUUUCAAAAACACCAGCUGUUUGUUGUGUAAGAAUUAAAUGGACUGAGAAUCCAAAAUGAUCUUAAAUCUAAUUGCAUUAACCAAGAUUAAGAUUAAAUGUAAACAUGUUACUUCCCCAGAAAAGAUGCCAUUAUGCAGAUUUCUAGUGUUUUCUUCUGACAGCGACUGUUUAUUUUUAUAUAUAUUAAAACAACUCAUUUUAUUCUCCUGAAUGUUUGAAAACAAGCACUUCAUUUCAAGUGUUUCAGCCCAGAAUUUCCCCGAUUCCUCUUUAGGAUAAAAGGAAAGAUUUUGCCUGUUGAAUUUCCAGACCCCUGUGAUUAGCUGGUUAAGAUGUAAAGAGUCAUUCUGAGUGGUUUUCUAGGAGAUGGUCUGUUCUAGAGUCAGAAUUGGCAACAGUGGUGGUGGUGGUAGGAACCAGACAUCUGAAGAGUUUAAUGCUUAUAGAUAAACACCAAUCAGGCAUAAUAUUAUGACCAACUCCUUGUUUUUACCCUCAUUGUCCAUUUUAGUCACUGUAGUCCAUCUGUUUCUCUGAUACUUUGUUAGUCCUCCACCCUGUUUGAGUAGCACUGCAGUGUCUCAUCCACUCGUACCAGUAAAACGUCAGCGUUGUGUACAAAUAGUGCCUGCUCUGUGAGGGUCCAUAGGGGUCCUGACCAUUGAAGAACGGGGUAAAAAGGGCCUUGACCGUUUGGUAGACGUGAAUAUUUUUCUACUAUAAUUUACUUAUUAUUUCCCCAACAAACAAAAUGUACAUUUUCAGUUUUUGACAUGAUUUCAGAAUGCCUGUUGCCCUUUACACUGUAUGUAAAUUUCUUGAUUAAUGGACAAAGAAACGGCCCAAAAUGAUUUGGAAAUA